CACAAUCUAAGCCUACGGAGUGCAGGAAGCUACAAAUCCACAUACCUGGCAAAACGAGACCAUUUGCAUACUUGGUAGUACACUUAGUAAGACAAGCACUGUGAAGCAGCUUAUGAAAGGAAAUCCCUACAUUCUUACCUGAUGAGCUAAAUGACUAACAUAGCAGACCAGCACUGAACACAUGGCUAAGGUACAACAGAGAACAAGAAUGCCCAGUGGCAGUGAGACAGUGGUCCUGGAGAGGAACUCCCAACAAGAAGACAUAAAAGUGGCCAAUGGAGCUAGUAGUCCCAUCAAGGCUGGACAAUGGGGCCGUGCAUGGGAAGUCAACUUGUUCACCUAUGUUGGUGUGCUGGUCCUCUUGACUGCCUGUCCCUUGCUGGUUCUGUACUUCUACAUUGCCUGUGACAAGUACCAAUGUUCCCUGACCACCCCUCUACUGGAGGUGUACUAUGGAGAGGCUACUCUGCACGACCUGUGGUUGAAGGCACCAGCAAUGACAGCCAAAGCCUGGAAGAUUGGCGCCAUCUGGCUGGCGUGGCAGAUUUUUCUCUAUGUUGGUCUUCCUGAUGUCUUCCACAAGAUAAUUCCUGGCUAUGUAGGGGGCGUCCGUCCCGGCGCACGUACCCCGGCCGGCCUGGUCAACGACUACAACGUCAACGGCCUCCAAGCCUGGGCAAUAACCCACAUCGUAUUCUUUGCCAAUGCCUUUUACUUCCAUUGGUUCUCUCCAACCAUUAUAUUCGACAACUGGGGUGGUCUUCUCUGGUUUGCAAAUGCUGUUGGGUAUGCUGUAUCUAUUUUUGCCUUUGUCAAAGCUCAUUAUUUCCCAACUUGUGCGGAGGACAGAAAAUUCAGCAGCAACUCCGUCUAUGAUUUCAUGAUGGGGGUUGAAUUUAACCCUCGUAUCGGGAAGUGGUUUGAUUUCAAACUGUUCUUCAACGGCCGUCCUGGUAUUGUUGCCUGGACCCUGAUCAACCUCUCCGCAGCAUUCAAGCAGUACGAGUUAUACGGACAUGUCACCAACUCCAUGAUCCUGGUGAAUGUGCUGCAAGCCAUGUACGUCACGGACUACUUCUGGAAUGAGCACUGGUACCUGCACACGAUAGACAUCUGCCACGACCACUUCGGAUGGUACCUGGGCUGGGGAGACAGCGUGUGGCUGCCAUGGAUGUACACUCUGCAGGGCCAGUAUCUGGUGUACAACCCCGUACAGCUGUCAACCUUCCACUGCCUGGCCAUGUGGAUGCUCGGCCUCGGCGGCUACUACAUCUUCCGCGCAGUCAACCGACAGAAGGACCUGUUCCGCCGCACCGACGGAAACUGCCUCAUCUGGGGGAAGCCUCCGAAGUACCUGCAGUGCUCCUACAUCUCCUCCGAUGGGAAGAAGCACCAGAGCAAGCUGCUGCUGUCUGGCUGGUGGGGCCUGGCACGACACUUCAACUACACGGGCGACCUGAUGGGCUGCCUGGCCUACUGCAUGUCCUGCGGGUUCGGCCAUCUUCUGCCGUACUUCUACAUGGUCUUCAUGCUCAUCCUCCUCAUCCAUCGUUGUCUCCGUGAUGAGGAGCGAUGUCGAUCCAAGUACGGGAAUCAGUGGGACAAGUACGAGUCCCUCGUGCCAUAUAGGCUGAUCCCUGGCAUCUUCUAAUCUCCUUUCUGCUUCCUAAACUUGUGGAAACUUAGGCUUUGAUCUUUCCGACAAUGUCCAAUGUCAACAGUCUAAAGUAACCCAUACUUAAGGAAGCUUUUGAAUGUGCCCAUGGAUGUUGUUGACAAAUACAAAUGUCAAAUAUGCAUAUUAUAAUACUGUUGUACAUGUACAGUGUUUGAGUUAUUCUUGAUCUUUCAACGACAAAAAUUUACGAGGCCAGAAAUUUUGCCUGAGAUGCCAGUUAUUAGCAAGAUAAUGGAUUUAGCAUAUUUAUGACCGAAUUUUAAUUUUUCAUUCAGGUGACUUAAACCUAAUGAUGUGCAAUUUGUUAUGAUAUGGGCAUACAUGUAUGUCCCUUAUUUAUGGCAAUGAAAUUCAUAGUACCUUGGUUAUGAAGCCAUAGACCUCAUACCUCAACUUGAGAGGAGUUUGUUCCUAAAUAUACAAGUCUACAUCUGACAGUAUUGACUAUUCCAAGAACUAUAUACAACAUAUGUAAGCUUAUGGAUCAACAGACUUUCCCCCUUUGGUAUUUGACCUAUACUGUACUUCUUUGAAAAUAUAUGCAGCAAUCAUUACAUUGUUUUAUUUCAUUUGUUGGUUAGAUGCAAUAUGUCCCUUCUUAGUAGGACAGUGGAACACAAGAAAAUAUUAUUUUGGUUUUAGUGAACUAUUUUGAACCUGGAAUAUUAUUAUCUACUAUUCCUACUAUGCAUAGUGUUAUUUCCUAUAAGGUGCAAAUAUGCUAUAACUUAAUAAGGUGUCAAUAUAAAUGUAGCUCGAAUAUAACCAUUACACUAAAUGUGUAUACCUUACAACUAUGUAAAAACUAGGACCACUUUAACAGCCUGUGUAGACCUUGUGGAAAUAUCCAAACUACUUGUAACUUAGAAUACCUGUCUGAGUGUAUGAGAAGAAUGAAAAAUGUGACCAGUACUCACUUGCUCCUAUAGUCAAUGACCAUCUCGUUUGGCCAGAAGAGUCCGUCAUCCACAAGAACUUCCCUGUCUGACCCGUCCAUACGUGAGCGCUCAAUAGUCUUCUUCCCUUGGUCACCCCAGUACAGGUACCUGUGGUAGAAAUACAUGGACAGUAGAUUAAGUGUAUGCAGAUGAAACAUUGUGAAUCAUGGUACCAUAAACUCUUACUUAUGGACAGGGCUGAUCAGUAGUUGUACCUACAUUGAACUGGAUAAGGCAUAAAAUAAAUCUUAGUAACUGAGAUAUGUUUUUAGCAAAAACCUAUUAGCAAAAACCUAUACUAGUUUACCUAUCUGAGGAGAAUAUACUGUAAUCUAAGUAACAUUCAUUGGCAAAAUAUAUGUCUGUAUGUGUGACUUUCUGUUUGUCUGUGACCUGUACAACAGGAACUAGCCAUUGUCAUCAGCAAAGGUGUACAUGUAUGGUAAAUAAA